AUGAGCGCUCUGUUCCCAGCACCCGUGCGCUCGUACACGACGUUUUCGGAUUCCAUUCCAUCGUCUACUUCUACUCCAUCAUCUCCUCAGCGUAAUCCUAUUGCCCACAUCCCUCAAUACCCGCUUCGUAUCAAACAGCAGUUCGUACCACGUCGUCAUGAGGAUUUUGGUGACGGUGGUGCAUACCCUGAGCUCCAUAUAGCUCAAUUUCCUCUUGGAAUGGGUAAAAAAGGUGAAAAUGGGUCAUUUUCUCAAAAUCAUAUCGGUACAUUAGCUCUUCAAGUACGCGGUGAGGAUGGCAAAGUAAGUUACGAUGCCAUUGUGACUCAACAGCAUCGUGAUAAGACAAAAGUUUACACGAAAUUUAGCGACAUUGUCGAGAAAGAUGAUGAUGGAGCAGCUUUAAUGCUUCCCAGUAAAGAUGAAGAAAUCGAGACAGCUAAUAGGACUCGAGAUGCUCUUCAAAGUUUAGUUCAAGGCAAAGUAGCAAGUUCUUUACCAACUAAUGUGGGACGUCAAAAAAGCGCCAAGGAGACAGCCACGUACUUUCGGUAUACACCAAAUGAUCAAGGUACGUCAGGAGUUCCAAAACAACGAAUUAUUCGUAUGGUAGAAGUCGCGAAAGAUCCAAUGGAACCACCCAAGUUUCGACACACGAAAGCUGUACGUGGUCCACCAUCUCCACCUGUACCAGUACUACAUUCGCCUCCAAGGAAACUUACUGUGGCUGAUCAACAAUCAUGGAAAAUACCACCGUGUAUUUCAAAUUGGAAGAAUUCGAAAGGAUUUACUAUUGCAUUAGAUAAACGUCUGGCAGCUGAUGGACGAGGAUUGCAACAAGUGACGGUGAAUGACAAUUUUGCGAGUUUAUCUGAAGCUUUAGCAAUUGCAGAACGGAAAGCAAGAGAGGAAGUUAACAUGCGAGCACAAGUGCAAAAGAAAUUAGCAAUGAAACAAAAGGAACAAAAAGAGAAUGAAUUGCGCGAAUUGGCGUCAAAAGCACGAAUGGAACGUGCUGGGAUUCGAGCAAAUUGUGAAGAGGAUGAGGAUAAUCGCAGUCGAAAACUUUACUCAAGUGACCACGAAAAUGACGAGAGUGACGAAGAAGGACGUCGUGAAAGAGAUGCAGUUCGACGUGAGCGUAAAAAAGAGCGCGAACGGGAAAUGCGGAUGGAAAAAAUGGGUAAAAAAGGUAAAAUGGGUCGCGAUCAAGACCGUGACAUCUCUGAAAAAAUUGCACUUGGUCAAUUACAAGGUGGAGGUCGUAUUGCAGGAAGUGAUGGGUUGUUUGACUCGCGUUUGUUUAACCAGUCGCAAGGUAUGAACUCGGGCUUUGGCCAUGAAGAUGAGUACAAUGUUUACUCAAAACCAAUGGUUGAUCGUGGAAAAGCAAGCGUUUACCGUCCAAAAGGUGAUGAUGGUGCAAUGGAUGCUGACAAGGAAUACGAAGAGCUGAAAGGAGGUCAUCAGAAGCGAUUCAAAGCUGAUAAACAAUUUCGUGGUACAGAAGAUGUGGCUCAACGUGGUGGACGUGAUGGACCGGUGCAAUUUUCUUUUGACGAGUUGACGAAGGAGGAAGAUGUGACCAAUGCACGACCAUCUACUGCUCCAACAAAAGAUGCGAUCGACUCGGGAACGAAAACAUCCAUUGCCUGA